AUGGGUUUAGAGCUUUCCCAAGAAUACACCACAGCUCGUGCGGCCUUUGACGAGGCGGACACGAUCCUGAAUCGGAAGUUGAGCCAGCUCUGCUUUGAAGGACCCGCGGAAGCACUGAAACAGACGGAAAACACGCAACUGGCAAUUCUGACAUGCAGCGUUGCAGCGUUGCGAGUCUUGAGCGAACACGGAAUUGCACCGAAAGCUGUUGCCGGUCAUAGCCUCGGAGAGUAUUCCGCCCUUGUUGCGGCGGAUGUGCUUGCCUUCUCAGAUGCGCUGAGGUUGGUCGAAUAUCGGGCGAAAGUCAUGGCAGAGGCUUCCCAGCGGCAAGAUUGCACAAUGGCUGCAAUUCUGGGAUUGGCUGCAUCGUCUGUCGAAGCAACUUCUAUGGGGCCCGAUGCAAGCACCGGGGUGGUUCAAAUCGCAAAUUACAACUGUCCUGGGCAACUAAUUGUUUCUGGCGAUACUGCCGCUGUUGAACGGGUCAUGGAUAGCGCAAAGGCUGCCGGUGCCAGACGUUGCCUCCGACUUGAAGUGAGUGGCGCAUUUCAUUCUUCCUUGAUGGGCCCUGCAAAAGAGCGUCUUCAAACUGUAAUUGAUGACUUCCAAUUCAAUGAUCCAAGUAUUCAGGUCGCUGCUAACGUAACGGGUAACUUUGUACAGACUGCGGACGAAGUUACCCGAUUGUUGAUAGCACAAGUUACGUCCGCCGUUCAGUGGGAGAAAUCAAUACGGACUAUCGGUGCUGCCGGUAUCUCACACUUUGUCGAGGUAGGACCCGGGACAGUGCUUUCUGGGAUGGUUCGUCGUACCCUUCCCGAAGCAAUUUGCCUGAAUGUCGAGGAUACCAAGAGCUUUGAUAAACUGAUGGAUAUAGCGUAUAAAGGUUGA